AUGUCGACGCCAAUCGACUACGCCGACCUACCAACACCACCAGCAGCAGUGGCAGAUUUCUGUUUGAUCCCGAUCGGCACACCUACAGCUUCCGUCUCUAAUGAAGUUGCUGCUGUUCAGAGACUUAUGAAAGCUAGUGGGUUGAGCUAUUCCAUGCAUAGUGCUGGGACGACAGUCGAAGGAUCCUGGGACGAAGUCAUGCGCUUGAUUGGCCAAGCCCACACCCUCGUCCAUCAAAACGGCGUUCUCAGAGUCCAGACUGAUAUUAGAGCCGGAACGAGAACGGACAAGAAACAGCAUUUCUCGGAGAAAGUGAGUAAAGUGGAGAGUAUCCUUGCUGGUGAUAAGAAGGAUUGA